AUGUAUAUGGAAGAAGACUUGGACAUAACACUUAAUGGAGGAUCCUCUUGGUUUUAUCAAGGAUUCAUAGAUGCUUUUAGCAAUCAUAUCAGAUCAUCUAUGGAAAACGCGAUUAUGAACAAAAUAGUUGAGGGUGCAUCGAAGCUCGACCUUUUCCUAGGAGGUCUUCCAAAGGAAAUUUAUGUUGAUAGAGUCGCUACUAUGAAUGUGACAUUUAUUAAUGAUCCGCGCUUCAGUAGUUCCUCUGUUGAGUUUGAUAUAGAUGGACUAUUUAUUCCAUCUAAUAAAACUGCUCCUCAGAGUGACAUGCAUUUUGGUGAUACCAAACUUGCACCACCUCUUGGCAGCUCUUCAAACAUGCUGUGGAUUUCAUUGGACGAAGAUGUUUUCAACUCUGUUUCAGCUCUCUACUUCAAGGCUGGUUUACUACAACAUAUGGUGGACAAGGUUCCCGAUCAGUUUCUUUUGAACACUGCUAGCUGGAGGUUUUUGAUUCCAAGGUUGUACCGUAAAUAUCCAAACAAGGAUAUGCUACUGAACAUUUCUGCUAUAUCACCUCCCUCUGUGAGGAUUAAUGUAGGUAGAAUUGACACCACGAUGGACUUAGAUGUCAUAGUAAUCGUAUUGGGUUCUGAUGAUAUAGUUCCAGUUGCAUGCAUAUCACUGUCAGUUUCUGUUUCUGGACGUGCAAGUGUUUCUGGGAAUAAUCUUGUUGGAAACGUUGAGUUAAAUUAUUUCUCGUUUGACUUGAAGUGGAGCGAUAUUGGCAAACUUCAUACUGGUAUAGUGCCGAGUCCGACGCGUAUCGUCCUGAAAACUUUGUUCAUGCCCUACGUGAACUCGUAUCUUGGACACGGUUUCCCGUUGCCCAUCAUCAAGGGCUUCAUCAUCAGAGAUGCUUAUAUCCUCACUUCAUACUCAAGCAUUAUGUUUCCUUCGUCGAACCAAUGA